UCGUGACACUAAUGUUCUACUUCGUAAAAUAUAAUCUUUCGAAAAGUCUCCAACGCUUUUGAACUAAGUUGACGAUUUGUGGAGCUAGUUUAAGCUGAUCAAACAUAUACAAAUAUUAACUUUCGGUGUUAAAAAUAUUUCUUCAAUCCCAACGAUUUAAUUCUUGUUAAAUAUAAGUAUAAACCCCUCUAUUUUUUAACAGAAGGACGGCAGAUUUAGAUACCGAGGCGACAUACUAGGAAUAAUCGAAUCUGUGAAACGGCAAUUUUCGCAAAUAUAAUACUAUUUUACACCAUAAGUCGGACAGUGUAGCGGGUUGGAUGAUGGGACCUGUACUGUUAGUAAUGCUCUUCCUUCUGUCUCUGGAGCCGACGAAUGCUAAAGGAUUUCCCCACAUCAACACCGUGGCACCGCAAGAGGAUGUAACCGUCAACGUAUCAACAACUUCCGACCGUAGAAAACGUUCUGCAAAUGGUUUUCCGCAAGAUUUUGACGUCAGAUUUACGUCAAAUCACGUACAUUCAGAUUUAAAACUAAGCAUAAAUGACGUCAGCGAUGACGUACCAGUGGCUAUACAGAGGGCCGGGAAAAUGGUGUCUUAUCGGGUGUCAUCAGAGGCCGCCGCAUUCUACAUGGACGUUUCAAACAAAGCGGCAUUCAUCGUAUGGCGGGCUGACGAUCCUGAAACGGAAAACUUUCUUUUUUUCGGGACGUAUCAGUCUGGCGAUCGAGAGCUGCUGGUGCAGCCACCAACGUCCGCCGACGCCGGCCACUCCGUGACGGAAAUUGAAGAAACCAGUCCGACUGAAACUGACUUCCUGAUAAACCCUGAAUUCGACGCAAGCAAAGUGGAACAGAUGGUAGCAUCAAAUGCGACGGACUCCGACCGAGGGAAGAGACAGGCAACAGCUUAUGAAGUUGAAAUCUUCUUUGUUAUCGACUACAGUCUUUAUUCCUUUUGGUAUACGAAAAUGACGGGCACCGAUUCAGAAAAGCAGACAUCAGCGAUUUCAACCAUCAAACAAUUCUACGCUUUUGUUUUAAAUGCGAUGAACGUUCGCUACAGCUCAGUGACGGGUUCAGGCUUCACCAUUUCUCUCAUUUACGCGGGAAUAUCCAUUGCCACGAGCUCUUCGGACGCCCCGUACAUCGAGAACAAUCUACAAUCAUUCAGUUUUGAAGGCCGACCAGCGUUCUUGGCAGACACCGUAUUGACUGCCUUCAGGGACUGGGGUAACAUCAACCUGAAACCGCAAUACAACUUUGACAUUGCUAUGAUGUUUACAAGUUAUGAAAUGGGAAGUGCUGUCAGCAAUGUGUUUGACUCCUCAACAGCAGGUCUGGCCUACACUCCCGGCGCGUGUAGUAACUCGAAUUACAACAUCAACGAAGACCAUUUCGGGGCAGGUCUGGCCACGGUUGCUGCACACGAGUUGGGACAUAACUUGGACGCUCAGCACGAUGGUACGGGCAACGUUUGUUCCAGUACCGACGCAUAUGUGAUGGCUCCGUCUAGCGGCGUCUCCUCUGACGACAUCAAAAACCUCCGCCAGUUCUCAUUUUCGUCAUGCUCCAUCGACUACUUUACUGCGUACAUCACAACGUUAAACAAUGGCGAGAACUGUCUUGCAACCCGCACCGCCAACUACGACACAUCUGACCUUGACCCUUAUUUGGGUGACCUUGCCGGUCAGGUGUACACUCCAGAUCAGCAGUGUGAAUACUUGGAGGGUGAAGGCUCCUACCUCUCCAGGAUUAGCUAUGAUUCGGAUUAUAGUGGGAUUUGUUCCCGAAUGAACUGUUUUGUGCCGGGAACUACCAGCACGUAUGGAUAUAAGCUCGCCUGGGAGGGUACAACGUGUGGGGACGGAAAGCUGUGUAGUGGUGGAUUGUGUGUUGCGUCGUCCAGCGCUCCGGCAGUAGCGAAUGAGACAUGUAUGUUCGGAAACAACCCAAGCAUCGUGACGUUCGAGACAGUGACGUGCAGCGAACUACUGGCUUUUCCCAAUACCUCAUACGAAUGCUACAACAGCAACACUCGCGAAGAUUGCUGUGAAACAUGCGAACAAAUAAGGCUCGCAAACGUGAACAACACUGAUUGUGAGUACGGCGAUCAGUCAAGCUUUUGUGCAACGAUGUCUCUGAGAGGCUGCUAUAGCAAUGCCGCUGUGUGUUGUCAGUCCUGCCCGGAGAGAGCACUAAAUAUACCAAAUUGUCAAUAUGGAGAUCGGUCAACGUCAUGUAAUGCAGCCUCUUGUCCGAAUUAUGAUGAACAGUCAAGAACAGUUACAUGUUGUCAAACAUGUGCAGCUACAACCACAACAAUCUCAACUACACCAACUACAACAACCACAACACCAACUACAACUACCACUACACCAACUACAACUACCACAACACCAACUACAACAACCACUACACCAACUACAACUACCACUACACCAACUACAACAACCACAACACCAACAACAACUACCACUACACCAACUACAACAACCACUACACCAACUACAACAACCACAACACCAACAACAACUACCACUACAUUAACAACAACUACCACUACACCAACUACAACAACCACAACACCAACAACAACUACCACUACACCAACCACAACUACCACUACACCAACAACAACUACCACUACACCAACAACAACUACCACUACACCAACAACAACAACUACUACUAUACCAACAACAACUACCACUACACCAACAACAACUACCACGACACCAACAACAACUACAACUACACCAACUACCACUACCACUACACCAACCACAACAACAACUACACCAACUACAACAACCACUACACCAACAACUUCUACCACUACACCAACUACAACUACCACUACGCCAACAACAACAACAACAACUACACCAACUACAACUACCACAACACCAAUAACAACUACCACAACACCAACUACAACUACCACUACACCAACUACAACAACCACAACACCAACAACAACUACCACUACAUUAACAACAACUACCACUACACCAACUACAACAACAACAACACCAACAACAACUACCACUACACCAACCACAACUACCACUACACCAACUACAACUACCACUACACCAACAACAACUACCACUACACCAACAUCAACAACUACUACUAUACCAACAACAACUACCACUACACCAACAACAACUACCACGACACCAACAACAACUACAACUACACCAACUACCACUACCACUACACCAACCACAACUACCACUACACCAACAACAACUACCACAACACCAACAACAACUACCACUACACCAACAACAACUACCACUACACCAACAACAACAACAACCACUACACCAACAACAGCUACAACUACACCAACUACAACUACCACUACACCAACAACAACUACCACUACACCAACUACCACUACACCAACAACAACAACAACCGCUACACCAACUACAACUACCACUACAGCAACAACAACUACUACUACACCAACAACAACUACCAAUACACAAACAACAACUACCACUACACCAACAACUACUACUACACCAACAACAACUACCACUACACCAACUACAACAACCACUACACCAACAACAACUACUACUACACCAACAACAACAACAACUACACCAACUACAACAACCACUACACCAACAACUUCUACCACUACACCAACUACAACUACCACUACGCCAACAACAACAACAACAACUACACCAACUACAACUACCACUACACCAACAACUACUACCACUACACCAACAACUACUACCACUACACCAACAACAACUACCACUACACCAACCACAACUACCACUACACCAACUACAACUACCACAACACCAACUACAACUACCACAACACCAACUACAGCUACCACUACACCAACAACAACCAUCACAAUACCAACAACAACUACCACUACACCAACAACAACUACCACAACACCAACAACAACUACCACUACACCAACAACAACUACCACUACACCAGCAACAACUACCACAACACCAACAACAACUACCACUAUACCAACUACAACUACCACUACACCAACAACAACUUCCACUACAGCAACAACAACUACCACUACACCAACUACAACUACCACUACUCCAACAACAACUACCACAACACCAACAACAACUUCAACUACAGCAACAACAACUACCACUACACCAACUACAACUACCACUACACCAACAACAACUACCACAACACCAACAACAACUACCACUACACCAACUACAACUACCACUACACCACCAACAACUUCCACUACAGCAACAACAACUAUCACUACACCAACUACAACUACCACUUCACCAACAACAACUACCACAACACCAACAACAACUUCCACUACAGCAACAGCAACUACCACUACACCAACCACAACUACCACUACACCUACUACAACUUCAACUACCACAACAGCUGUCUCACCGAGAAGAACCAGGGUUACAGUGGUCUUCCAAAUCUUUAUCUCUCCGAAUGUUGACUUGAAUGAAGGCAGUUCCGAUAAUCUAUACAUUGCUGUACAGCUAAGGAAUCAACUUCUUCAAAUAUUUAGAUUCCGGAUGGGGAAUAGAGUCAUAAACAUUGUGAUUAUUUCAUUGAGGCGAGGUAGUCUUAUUGCUGACUAUGAGAUUGUUUAUGAAGACUCAGAGCAAUCUCAAGCCCAAUUUACCGAGGCGAACAUUGACCUGGUUACCGGGAGGGAAAACGUUACUAUUCUUAAUGAAACCGUCGCGGCCUCAUCUAUACAGAUCAACAACACAAUCGUGACAAACGAAACGAGCGGGGCGGCGGUCUGUGCUUUGUUUGAGGCAAGCGGUGGUCAGUGUGAAAAUGGAUAUGAAUGUGCGACGGUCGAGGGGGCCCCAAGCUGUCUUCGACAAGAAACCUCAGAUGGAAUGACCUUGAUCAUUGUGGUUGUGACAUGCAGCUUAGUCUUUCUUUUAAUCACAAGUAUUUUCAUCUGCGCAACGCUUCGCGCAUACCGGAUACGGAAGUUAAAGAGAAAAACCUCCUCACUGGAUUCGAGAGACAAGAGAAACUGGGACGAUUAUCCAUCUCAGAUAGCUCCUUAUGGAAAUGUGCCUAAUUGGCGGGAUCAGGCGCACGGUUACCGGCCUUAUAUGCCCGAGGUUAGGCUUGGAACCAAGCAUUUACGCCGGAGCUAUGAAAGCAAGAGCGGUAAAUCACGUGAUUCCCAUAUAUCCGACCACGUGGUGAAAGUUGAUCUUCCACGGAGUCUAACUAAAUCUUACGACAACUCAGCGUUUGAGUAUGAGAGAACACUGGAAAAAAGUUAUCUGAACUCAGCGAACUAAAACUUCGAUGAAGAACAAAUCCGGUGCCUUUCAAACAGAUGGACAUCUAUCUUUUGUCAUUCUCUAUUUGCUCAACACAUCAUGUCCACUGGUACAGCAGAAUAAAAUAUAUUGAAUCCAAGAAUACCUCCCAAAAAUUGUGCAGUAAAUGAUAUUCUCCUUUUUCGUUUAUUAUUAAAUUGUUGUGUCACUCAUAUGUAUUGUUAUUUUUUAAGGAUUUUUACAUGAUCAUUGCUUUGUAUUCAUUCUGUUCUGUUUCGGUUUGUGCCAUACAACUAUCUUAUCAUUGAACGUGCAGAAUUUAGUAUCUAGAUAUCUGAAUAAUUAGUAAAAUAGGUUUUCGUGAGAAAAACACCAUUGUUGUAAUUGUUUCUGAAACAUAAAAAAGUGUAUUUAUUUAUUUUAAUUUAUUUAUUUAUCUAUUUGAUAAAAGACAAUAAGGUUGUAAACUUCCAACUUUGGCCAUUUACAAAAUAUCUAUAAGUGGCCAAGACACAUAUUUUUGUGACAUCAACUAUUUAUACAUCGUUCUGAGUGUGGUUUUGGGUUAUAAUUAUUUACUGUUUUUCUAAUCCACGUCGUCACCCUUUUAUCACACUAUUAUUAAUAUAUAUCAUGAUUUAUGAAACCAUAUUUCUACAUGCUCUGUUAUUUCAUGUACAUGUAGUUUUGUUGCAUUUAUUUCACAUCCGUCGGUACCCAGACUACUGAUUAUUUGAAUGUCUACCUUCAUUGGAGUCACACUGCUGUUAGCGGAAUACUGUUUUGUUGGCUCCGACGAUAUUCCAAUAUUAUAUAGUUCGUGAGUCCCGACGAUAUUUAAAAAAUAGUUCGUGGGUUCCGACGAUGUUCGAUUAAUAAGUUUGUGUGUCCUAGUGAUCUUUGACAAUGUUAUCAUAUAAAAUCAAACAUGCCAGUCGUGUUCGAUUUAUUUAUUAAAAUUGUUGUUAGAUUAUAUACAUGUUUUUUUUGCCAAACUUUACAUUCUUAUUUUGCAUUUCUAAUAUUAAACAGAUUUUAUCAACUUA